AUGUCAGCAUUGCCCAUCCCAGAUUUACGUUUUGAACAAUCGUUCAUGAAACAGUUGAAUAAAUAUGCUGGUAACCAACAAUCUCAAUCAAAUAAACUUGAUCUAUUAAAACCCCAUAAUAUUUCUCCAUUAACAGAUGAAGAUUUAAAAUUAUUAAAUGAAGAAUUAGAUGAAGAAGAGCAAGAUGAAUUAUAUAAACCUUUGAAUCCAAUUACCCCAUCAGUUGUAAUAUAUGCUAUUUUAAAAGAUCAAAUUCUAAUUCCUUUAUUACAAGGAUUUUUAUGGACAGGAGUAUUAAUUUCCAUGCGUCCAUUUUUAAGAAUUAUAGUAAGAAAUGGACAAUAUGCUGGACAUUGGGUUUCUAAUUUGCUAGGAUUAAAUCAAUUAACUAAAAAUGUUGGUAUUAGAAGAAAUAACUUUGCCUAA